UGUCGGUCGGUGGCGCGAGCCAGCAGCCCUGGUGGGUAUCGGCACGCGAGACUGAAUGAAGCGGAGUAGGCGCGCUGCCGUUACUACUUCUUGCCUACCCCACCGCGACCACCACUGACAAGAGGGCAAUUGAACUUGGGCGGGGGCAGUGUUCCCACUUGAUUGAGGCUGUCUGGAGUGUAUACGCUUCAUAAUACGUAAUUAGAAUGCGACUAUUUCUCGGCUGUCCUUGUUGGCAGAGUGAAAGAUUCGGGAAAUAACUUUUACCGCACUAUAUACGAACAACGCCCACUGACACAAGGAGAUUGAAGCGAGGCCAGGAACAGCUGGGGCUGUUGUCUCUGUCAACGCAUCGACUUCCAUUGUUGCCCUCGAUCGCGCGAGCUCAGCUGGAACAUUUUGAUCAAUCAGGCCCCAAGUCCAUUAUCUACAUAAGCUUAUUUCGGAUUACCGGACCAGACCCAGUGCACAUGAACUGGUAUCCUGAUUCAAACCUACGCUGAACAAAAGCUUUGAGUGGAAAAAUUUUGGCCACUGCAAUGUCGACAAAUUACAGCUUGAUUCGAUGAAACCGUAACAUCUCACUUUGCAUGAGUGUGAUAACCACACAGACAUUAUAGAAUGAGCGUUGACAUUUUGAAAUAUCACUUAUGGUGUACAUUUUGUUAAAAAGGAUCAAAGUGUUUUGCGAAACCAUCAUAGCGUAAAAUAACCUCACGUACAGGACGACAGUUGGUUCUAAGGCUAUGACCGUUCUCAACGGAAUAAAAUACAGGAAACCGUUGAUCUCCACGCGGCGGAAUACCUACUCUAAUUUAAGGAAAUAGGAAACACAUAACAACUGCAAGAAUUAUACGAAGACCCCUGAGCGUAAUCAAUAACUUUGAAAAACGAGGCAGUGAAUAUUCUCCGUGGGAUAAAGUAGCGUGUUAAUUGUGCUUUUCCAAUUCGAACACGGAUUAUUACUGGGAAGGAGACUUCGGGAGAACCGGCGUGCGAGGCGGUGUGAAGUGCAAUGAUCAGCGCAACAGAACUGCUGGUCAUUGUCAACCUGACAGAACUGUCCCGCCCCGCCAUGGAGGCUAAAGACCCAACGUCCGCCCCGUACAGUGGCGACACGGGAGUAGGUGACGGCAGAUUCGACGACGGUGGGGGUAGCGCUGGGGCUGUGAUCCUGGCAGGGAAUAACAACACAACAAGCAACACUCCUCUCAUUACAUUCUUGUGUAACUCGAGCGGGUCAGAGGUGGCCGAACUGAACUUUUACCUCAACGGCGUAAGCACUGCGGCGGUCAUCGGGCUAGGCGUGAUCGGGAACGCUAUGGCGAUGAUCGUGCUCACUAGGCGCACAAUGCGAACAUCUACAAAUUGCUUUUUGACAGCUCUAGCCAUCUGGGACACCAUAGUGCUGUUGCUGUGUCUUUUGCUUCUCAGUCUCGUAGAGUUGUCAAUGCUGUUCCGAGAGCAAGUAUUUCCCUACGUUGUGGUAUACAUCUACCCACUUGCGUUGGUCGCACAAACUGCAACUGUUUGGCUCACGGUAUCUUUCACUGUGGAGCGUUACAUCGCUGUUUGUCACCCCCUGAGAGCUGCCAGCAUGUGCACCAUUCCCAGGGCGCGUAUGGUUGUCCUCGUUAUCUCAGUGGUGUCCCUUCUCUACAACGUCCCGCGCUGGUUCGAGUACACGAUCAUCAAAGCCACGGAUAUCUACAACCAGACCUGCAUAUUUCCUGGGAAAACGCCUUUAGCCAACGACUCUAUCUACCAUAAGAUCUACUUCGGUUGGCUGUACUUCCUAGUUAUGUGUUUCAUCCCCCUGUGCUCACUAGCGGUACUCAACGCAUUCCUCAUCGUGGCCGUGCGUCGGUCCAAGCAGCAGCGCAAGGACAUGAACGUCCGCCAGUCGAGAGAGAACAACGUGACCAUCAUGCUCGUCUCCGUCGUCAUGGUAUUCAUCAUCUGCCAAGUGCCUGCGCUCAUCUACAACAUGGCUUACGCCAUAGACAUGCCAAAGGUCAUGACCUCUUUAGGCUGGAACGUCAUGAGCAACUUCAGAAACUUUCUGGUCACGCUAAAUAGCGCGGUGAACUUCAUCCUCUACUGCGCGCUCGGCCAGAAAUUCCGCCGUACCUUCGUGCGCACCUUCUGCCCGUGCUUGGUGCGCAAGAUGCCUGGACGCUUCCAGUCUUUCAGCUGCCACCACAACAACUUGGACAGCGUGCACAACAAAACGGCGCACAACAACGGCAGCGGCAUCGGCAACGCUUACAGUAAAGUGGGCUACAAACAGUGUCGCAAAACGGAGGCGGUACAGAGAGAGGAGCCGGACACGGGGCUGGACAUGAAAGUGCUCCGGUCUCAGUACUCCCCUCAAGUCUCCGAGGAGUCGAACGGCUCUGCCGAAAUGGCCACACUCUUCGAUUCGACUUUGUCGCAAAGGAGUCACAUCAAGCUGCUGGCGAGUAACAGUACAAGAGCGGGAAAACCCUGCUGAAAUAUAAAAGCAUAUGAACGCAAGCGCACAUGCGCUCAAAGGUGCACGCGCGCGCGCACACACACACACACACACACACACACACACACACACACACACACACACACACA